CUGUCAACAGCCAAACACUGUUCUGCUAUAUCUUACUGGUUAUUUAGCGAUGGGGAAAUCGAGCUAUAUCGUCAUCGAUAGCAUCGAUCCUUUUCAAGUUUUUAUCGACGUUUUUUCAACCGAGUCGACCUGGCGCUGGCAGAAGAGUGCGAGGCCGCUGAAAAGUUUUUUGUGCCAAAGCAACGAUAUUAUCGAUAAGAAGAGAUUAUCGAUAUUAACGAUAAAUACCGACACUUUCUCAUCCGAUUUUCUGCCUCGUUUACGUGUCGUGCGAAUAAUUAUUUUAAAAUUAGGAACAAAAUGCGUAAAAAUACCAAAUUAGCAAACAAAACCACAGGGAAUAUUGUCAAGUUAACAAACUUUUUCCAUCGCGUUCCUGGAUCGACGCAAUCAAGAAGGGUUUUAAAUGAAGCAAAUUCACGAGGCAUUCGUGCUUCCGGUCAUUCGACUGCUUCCGGUCACCCAACCACUGGAAGCAAUUCAAGUGAUGAUAACAAUAACGAGAUAGGAACUAAGUUACAGAUUGACGCUCUCAGUCAAUCCACCGCUCUUUGCCAGGCAACCACUUUCAGUCAUUCAAACGCAGAAAGCGUUCCGAACGAUGAUCGGAACGGCGAGAUAACUGUGAUGCAGUUAACCACUUCCGGUCAAUCAUCCGCUUCCGGCCAGCCCACCACUUCUUCCAGUAAGGAAAGCGUUUCGAGCGAUGAUCUGAACGACGAGGUAACUGUGAUGCAGUCAACCACUUCUGGUCAAUCAUCCGCUUCUGGUCAGUCCACCACUUCUGGCAACUCCAGUAAGGAAAGCGUUACGAGCGAUGAUCGAAACGACAAGAUAACUGUGAUGCAGUCAACCACUUCCGAUCAAUCAACCGCUUCCGGCCACUCCAGUAAGGGAAGCGUUUUAAGCGAUGAUGCUGACGUUUUAGGUAAACAAAAAAAGAAAAACAAAGCAUUAUCAAAAUACAAAAAAGACUGGGAAUGCAAAAUGCCAUGGCUAGAGGCAAAUAAAACUGAUGUAUAUGCUGGAUUUUGCAAAGUCUGCCGAACAGACGUGAAAUGCAUUGCUGGCAUAAAGGACAUGCAAAGGCAUGGAGCCACCCAGAAGCAUAAAACUAACGCGAAAAACCUAGUGGAUGUGGGAAACCAAAAAACUGCCAUGGAGAAAUAUGUGAGUACGAAGAUCAACGAUAGCGUUAGGAAUGCAGAGCUAUUUUUGGUUACCUGGGCGGUUGGUCAGAACAAGUCAGCCUUUGAAAUUUAGGCGAUAGCUGCUGCUCUUCGACUCAUAUGCCCUGACUCCGAAAUAGCCAAGUCUAUACGAAUGGGAAGAACGAAGGCAACCGCAAUGAUCGUCAAUGUCGUAGGGGAGGGGCAGCACGAGGAAAUUAGUACAAUUAUGCGAGAAACACCAUUCAGCUUGAUCGCAGAUGAAUCUACAGAUAUAUCUAGUAAAAAGUCAUUAGCACUUAUUGCUAGGACUUAUAAAUGGCAAGAAGAUCGUCUGAAAAUAAUGGAUAUUUUCUACGAUUUAGUUGAAGUGGUUGAAACUGAUUCCCGAACUCUGUACAACCAUGUUACAGGAUGUUUUGAACGAGACAAAAUUCCAUAUAAAAAUCAGUUGAUCGACCCUACAA